GGAGUUCACUUAAUUCGACAGAUUGCCUCUUGGUGGCGCUUGUACUAGGUACUGCAUGCUGUGGCUGUGUACACAAUUCAAGCUAAGAAAUGUGUAAUCAGCACUAGGUCUAACCGGAAAACGAACCCACCCACAUCAACAUGUCAGAACGAAAGGUACGCUUUGCAGAGGGGGACGCGGCAGCAAAGGCAGCCGGCGAUGUCGACCCAGCCAGUGACAAAGGUUGGAAUCGAACCUUCAGCAAGAAACACACACUGGACAGUGAUGAAGAAGAUGAUGUAAAGGAGGAGGCCCGAUAUGAGCUACAAAACGACGAAGUCGAGGGAGUGGAGGAUGCAACUCUUAUCUCUGACGGGGGUAUCCGUAUCACACCCUUCAACCUGACGGAAGAGAUGGAAGAAGGAAGAUUUGACGCCCACGGCAACUACUAUGAGAAGAAAGACAAAGAUGUCCACGAUAACUGGUUGGACAACAUCGACUGGAUGCGAUACUCGGAGAAAGGCACGGAGGAGAAAGCUGAAGAUGAUGACUUCAUCGCUGAUAGUCCGGAACUGGAGCCGAGCAGACCCGAAAUCAAAAUCCUCGCAGACAUUGUCGGUUUCUUGAAACCGGGAGAAACCAUCACCAGGGCAGUCAGAAGGCUCGGUGGGGGGAAGAAGACCAAAGGAGUGCCAGCUACAAGGAAGUGGGGACCCAAGAAAGCCAAGACGGAGGCGGAGGACGGGAACGAUGCACAAGGAGUCGACAAGGAAAGCAUGCUGAAACUGACUGAGUUUGUGGAUGAGUUAGUCGCGAGUGGCAACUACGAGGCCUACCAGUACACCUAUGAGAAAAUAACCCAUCUGCUGAAGGAGGAGGAGGGGCGGAGCAAGAAGGAGGAGGAUGUCUUUGAUAUGUUCGGGGAUGAGCCAGCGAAGGAGAAGAUAGCCACUGCCAGUAAAACAGAAAGCAAGGACACCAACGGUUCAGGGAACCAGCCAACCACUAGUACAAACCCAGCCACCGAUUUGGACCCAGAUAAAACCUACUGGGAGUAUAAAUGGGAGAACAAAGAUGACGCAGACAAGUACGGCCCGUUUGAGAGCUCCCAGAUGCAGGAUUGGGUGGAUCAGGAUUUCUUCGCCGACGGCGUGUGGGUCCGGAAAGUUGGGUCGGCUGGCCAGUUUUAUCAGUCCAAGAGAAUCGACUUUGAUUUGUACACUUGAAGUAUUAGCGAUGAUCAGAACUUUAUUUUCCAUCUGUGAAUGGACGAGCAUUCAUAUCCACUGCCGUGCCGAAAUUAUCACCCCCACUUCCAAAUUCUGUAAAAACUGAUUUUAAUUUUGAAUUGGCUGGAGCAGGAUUUGAACCUUUGCAAACUUUGGCUGAAUUUCCAACAAAAAGAAGCUGGAAAUGUUCAUUUCCUUAAUUUAAGAGGUUUCUGGGAAGUUGUGGUUAAGCACUAAGCAUUGCCAGCAGUCUUACUGUUGCAUUAAUCAAGAGGGACAAUUUUACUUGAAAUUAUUUUAUUUUUAGUUUUAUGGACACGUUCAAUUUUAGCUUGUAAAACGUACACUAGUACUGGAAUCUUGUUUUGCUCAACAAACAAUGGGAACUACGGUCAAACUCAUCGUUCGAAUGGUUUCAAAAGUGGAUUAAAAAAAAGAUGAUUUCCAAAUAAGUGGCUUAUAAAGGAUAAAUUUCAAGUAACUGUCAAAGGAAAGGCUCAACAGUGCUAAGCCAUAUUUGGAAAUAUUUUUUGGACUACACCAAUUGCCACAAAAGUAGGCAGAGAGCCAGUUGAUUUUUGUUGAAAAGGAAUUUGUCAAUAUCAAGUAAUUUAUUUCUUUCAUUAACUUUGAAUAAGCCACAAUACAUGUAUUUUUCCCUUGAACAGAGUAAGGAUAUAGUUACAGGGUUGGUUUGAUUUGUUCUCAGUGUUUCACUUUAUUUCUUGAAAGGAAAUUAAAUAAAUUCCUUUACACAAGGGCUUCAAAUUCUAUGUACACAAGUUUGAAGAAAGCACAGUAGUUUCCCGUACCACAGAUACAUGUAGAUUCUCGCCUCUUUAUUUGUACAUAAUAACCGGGAGACAAUGAAAUUUUGAGUUAAACAAUUUUUGAAGAAUGUGCCCAUAUUAAAGCAUGUUUUAAGAAAAAUCAA